AUGGUAGUGGCAUCUGUUGAAACUAAUGUUGUUGUUGAAAAUACUAUUGGGGUUAAACCCAAUAAUAGUGUUUUGGAGCAAGAGGAAGCCAUUGGCAUUAACAGAAAUUUGAAGGAAAAUAUUAUGCAUGAUGACAACUUAAUCGGUAUUAAUCCAAUUAGAGUUGAAGACCAGCAAAUUGACAGUUUGACUGAUGUCUUAACUGAAGAUUGGCAAGUUCAAAGAAGCAAUAAAAGGAAAAAAGGCAAAGCUGAAUUACAUUGGUCUGUUUUGAUAAAUCAUUCUCAGUUUAUUCACAUCCAAUUCUAUAUUGGAGCUCAAGUUGGCUAUGCCACUUUCAUUUAUGCCAGUAGCCUUGUCAGCAAACAAGCCACCUUAUGGGAUGAGUUGAUUCUGAUUGGACAAGCUGUAAACUCUUUUUGGAUUUUCGGGGGUGACUUAAACUGUCUUUCCUCUCUUGGUGAAAGAAAAGGUGGUAGACCGCCCACUGUCUCUGCAAUAAACAGAUUCAAUGAUUUUCUCUCUGAGGCUGAGCUGUUUGAAUUGGGGUACCAAGCGCCAGACUUCACUUGGAGAAGUGGUGCCAUGUGGGAGAGGCUGGAUAGAAUGAUGGGGGACUCUAACUGGGUUCAGACCAUCCCUUGCACUAUCAUUACUCAUUUGGCUAUGGCAGGUUCUGACCAUAGACCAUUGUUAUGUACUAUCCAAAAUGCUGAAAAGCCAAAAAAUGCUCCUUUCAGAUUCCAAAACAUGUGGACUCUUCACCCUCAUUUUAUUGAAGCAGUUUAUAAGGUUUGGAGGGCUGAAGGGAACUCUAAUCCCUGGGUAAGACUGUGGAUCCUUCAGAAAAAAGUGGCUGCUCAUCUCAAGAAGUGGAAUUGGAAAACAAUUGGCAAUCUUAAUAAGAACUUGACCACUGCCCAAAGUAAUGUUAUCAGAAUGGAAAAGAAUUUCCAAAUGGGGUUGAAUUCUGAAGCUGAUCUGCACAAAGCUAGUGAAGAACUGUUAAUGCAAACCAAUUAUACUGAAUGUUUUCUGAAACAAAAAGCAGCAGUCACCAGAUUUAUUGAUGGAGACAGAAAAACAAGUUAUUAUUAUGCUUGUAUUAAUUUUAGAAGGAAGAAUAACAUGAUCCUUUCCAUACAUGAUUCUAAUGGUAAGGUAGUAACUGAUGCUGAGGACAUUGCCAUUGAUGCUAUUCCUAUGGAAGGAGAAAUUAAAGCUGCACUGGACUCUAUUGAUGACCAUAAGGUGGUUGGCCCUGAUGGUUUUACUGCCAAAAUCUAUAAGACUACUUGGAAUAUCAUCAGUGGGGAGGUUGUUGAUGUUGUGCAAAGCUUCUUUAAAGGUAUGGAUCCCCCUAAGUAUUUCACUGCUUCCAUUAUAACUUUGAUUCCCAAAAAUUCUAGCAGGAUUGGGUGGGGAGAUUUCAGACCUAUCAGUCUAACAAAUGUCUUGUCUAAAGUUAUCAGCAAGGUUAUUAACCAUAGGCUUCAACCUCACCUCCAGCAACUUAUCUGUAAUAACCAGGUUACAUUUGUGAAAGGGAGACAAAUCUCUGAUAACAUUCUCUUGGCACAGGAGUUCUUACUGGACCUUGACAGAAAGUGUAGAGGUAGCAAUCUCAUUCUGAAAUUGGAUAUCCAGAAAUCUUAUGAUACUAUCAAUUGGAAUUUUAUCUUGGACACUUUAAAUGCUAGCGAUUUCUCUGGGGCCUUUAUAAUUUUGGCUACCAAAACUGCUGUAAAGGCUCUUUACCAAGGACUUACACACUUCCAAAUCACCUCUGGUAAGCAUCUUAAUAAACAAAAAUGUCAAUUCUUUACUAGCUCAAACACUCUUCCACAGAUUAAGCAAUGGAUUGCUCAGUACACUGGCUUCAGGAAAGCUACUCUACCAAUCAACUAUCUUGGUGUCCAAUUAAUAAAAGGGAGAUCCAAGCAAACACAAUUCAAUGGGGUUAUUGACCAGAUUCAGAAAAAGUUGCAGUGUUGGACUAAUUACUUCCUCUUAAAUGGAGGUAGAAUCACCCUUCUUAAAAGCAUCCUAACUUCCAUUCCAUCUUAUGCUCUUCAAAUGUUUACCAUGGAGAAAGGAACUCACAUAAGGCUGGGCAGAAUUUUCAACAAAUUUUUGUGGGCUGGACAAAAAAAACAAUUCCAUUGGUUAGCUUGGAAUAAACUAUGUAAACCCCUAAGUGCUGGAGGUUUAGGCUUUAAAGAUUUUCAGCAUCUCCGUACCAUCAACCUAUGCAAACUAUGGAUAAAUUUUAGAGCACAAGAUAGUCUUUGGGCUUUAUUUAUGAAGGGGAAGUAUUGUAGGACAGUUCAUUCUACUAUGACUCAGAAGAAGAUGGGCGAUUCUAGGUUGUGGACUAAGCUUAUGGAGAUUAGAAAUAAAGCUGAGGAUUUGUUUAUCUGGGAGCUUGGUGAAGGCCAAGUUAAUUUCUGGCUUGAUAAUUGGGUGUGGAAUGGGGAGAGACUACACAACUCCAAUCCUAACUUAAUGACAAAAGUGAAGGAAUUCUGGAUUGAUAAUCAGUGGAACUGCAAUUUGUUGGAUGUCAUCCUAACUAAAGAGCAAAUACAUUGGCCUGUCAAGUGGGGUAAAUUGAUUUGGGGGAAGUGGUUAACACCUUCCAUGUCCUUUUUCUGCUGGACGCUAUGGAAAUCCUUAUUUCCUACUGAUGACAUUUUGAAGAUGAAAGGGCUUAAGGGUCCCUCUUGCUGUCAGCUGUGCAGUAAAGCUGAAGAAAGUCUGGAUCAUUUGUUCUUCUCUUGUAGUUUCUCCCAAGGGGUCUGGUCUGGUAUACUAAAACAGCUUAAUAUUGACACUCUGAAAUUCAGCUGGAACCAGUUUAAAUAUGAAAACAACAAACAAAAGGAGAUGGAUGUGGUACUGAAUUGUACUUCUUAUUUGCAAAAGAUAAUAAAAUUUCAUAAUUUUCCCAAUAUUUUCCUGAAUUGGGUGCCCAGUGUGCAGAAGCUAAAAGUUCCUACUUUAGUUCUAUGGAACCCACCUCCUGAAGGGUGGUUGAAAGCCAACACAGAUGGAAGCUUUUGUAAGGAGGUUGCUGGUGUGGGUGGAAUCUUUAGGAACUCUCCGGGGAAGUGCAUGUUAUACUUUUCCUCUCCAACUUGGGCAUUUGAUGCACUAGAAACUGAAAUGAUUGCUUUUUAUUGUGCUAUCUACCUUGCCAAGCAUUGCAACAUCAUAAAAUUGAUAGUUGAGUCAGAAUCUUUCAGUUGUAUUAGAUUUCUGAAUCAGGAAGAGGCUGCUCCAUGGAAUGUUGCUAGGUGGACUACUAAGAUCCAGAGCAUAUUGAGCAAUGUUGAAGUGAUUUUCCAGCAUAUCUUAAGGGAAGGUAACACUCCUGCACACAAUUUGACAGCUAAGGGGAAGGAUAAUAAAGAAAUUUUUGUAGGGACUAUACCUUCCACUCAGCAUGAAAUUCUUCUUCAUGGGGAUAGUUUAUCCAUUCCUUAUAUUAAUUGUAGGGGGUGA